AUGGAGCUGCGCUCCUGGAGCUCGGAGCUGGGCUACAGCGAGAGGACGGAGCGCACGGCCGCCGUCAGCACCGGGCGCUCGCUGGAGCUCUGCACCUUCCCCGCCACGCUGGGCUCCUCGGUCGCGGCCACCGCCCUCGAGCAGCUCUUUGUCCUGGAACAAUCUCUACAAAGUGACUAUUUUAAGUGCAAUGAAGAAGCUAGAAUCUUCCUUAAGGACAUUGCUCUUGCUGUUAAAAAACUGGAAGAAAUGAGAAAAACCACAAUUGAUCAUCUGGAAAUUGAAACCAUGGAGCUCAGCAGAUUCUACUACCUGUUGCAGACUCUGCCUGACAGGAUGACCAGGGAACUGGAAGAGAGUAUCAGAGAUGCUCGCAGGUUGAAUAUCUGUGAGAUAAACCAAAUGCAGACAAGAAUUAAUUCAAAGGAUGAUGAAAUAGCAUCUCUAAAGAAGAAAAUAGCCACCCUAAAAGAAGUGAACGAAGCUCUGGGGGACAAGCAAGAAGAGUUGGCAAGGCAGCACACAGAGUCCGUCCUGUCCCUCAACCGAAUGAUGGAAGAAAAAGCCAGGACCACCAUUUACAUAAAUGAGACCUGUACCAGAGUAAACAUAGAGAGAGAAGACAUAGAGGCACAAAGAAAAUGUGUGCAGGAGGCAGAGGAGCUAAUGGCCAAAAACAUUGCAGAAUAUCUGCUAAGGAAACAACAAGUGACUGAUCAGAUUGAAGAAUUUAAAAAACUCUAUGAACUUACCAAAAAGGAUACUUUUAAAAAGAAGGAAGAAUUGGAAAAAUUAAAACAUAGAAUGUCAAAAGUGAAACAAACAGUUACCAUCAGCUCAGUGGUUCUUAGUGAUCACAAUUUAGAUAUAGCACAACUGCAAUCAUCAAUAAAGGAGUGGGAAGAAAAGGUGGAAGAAGUAACGAAAACUUGUACGACUCUAGAAAAUAAAGUGAAUUUCUUUGUAAGUCACAAGGAAAAGUUGGAGGAGUCAUCAAAACAUGAAAAAAAUGAACAUUUGCAUAAAAUAAAACAGCUGGUUGAAAAGAUACAGAAGGUUCAUCUAGAGAACAAGGAGCUACAAGACCAAGUGAACGCGAUUUUCCGACAGUAUAGGAUUGUGCUAAGUGAGGAAGAUCAGGUUUUUUUGCAGAAACGGAAGCUCUAUGAUGAAAACCAGAGACAACUGGCAUUUAUUACGCAAAAAGAAAAUUUCCUAGUGCAAAGACAAGUAGACAUCAAAAAUAUGGAGGAAGGACUCGUUACACUUGAGGAUCUUCACAAAGCAAUAAAAGAUGUAUUUGAAAAACAAGUAAAAAUUCAUAGUGAUAACCUGGAAAGAGAAAAUCAGAGAUGUGUUAUAACGCAAUGGAAAGUAGCUUGCUUGAGAAAACAGCAUGCACAAUGGCUCAUCCAGAAAUCAGAUGAAAUAGAAACAAUUGGAGGUAAAAUUGAACAUGCAGAGCAUAGGCGAAGUGAACUGUUGGAAGAGACCAAACUUAGAGAAAUGGAGAUCAAUGAAUUUAUGGUACAGAUCGAACAAAUUGCAGCACAAUUACAAGAAGAAGAGAAGGAAUUUAUAAACCAGGAAAAAGAGUUAAUUCAUGAGUUGAGCAUGUAUGAGGAUUUAAUUUUUAAGGAAAAGAAAAUUAGCAAAGAAACAGAAGAAGAGCUUCAUGAUAGGCUUCCACACCUUCAUACAGCAGAAGAAGAGUACACAGUAAAACACAGGAAGCUCCAAGAGCUCAGCAGGAUUCUUACCGCACAAAGACAGGAGGAGAUUAUGCUGAAGAAUUAUAUUUCUUACGUUACAAGGGACUUUUCAAGAUAUGUUGAAAACUUGGAGAGAGUGAAGGAAGAACUGAAAGAAGUCCGAGAUCUUGAAAGCCAGAAAAUGAAAGAACAUUUUGAAAUUCUAAAGAACUUAGAAAAUGAAGUAUAUUUACAUGACCAAAAAGCAGAGCUUUUGCUUCUGGAAAAUAAAAGAUUAAAAGAAUGCAUUUCCAACUUGAAGAAUGACACAGAAGAAUACAGGGAAGGACAAGAUUUCCUUACACACAAUGCGAAGGACCUGUCCUGGGAACUGAUCGUGCAGCACACACAAUAUAUAUACUUAUGGGCAGAAUUUAAGGCCACAGUUAAGGACUUGGUGCACAGUGGUAAGAAUACCUUGCAUGAAAUAAGAGAUCUAAUAGACAAGCUGUGCAAGAGGGAUGAAAAAAUUGAGUGCAUCAGCAUUUGGCUGCAUGGGAAUCUCGAGGACCUACACAGUCUUGCAAAACAGGAAUCCCCAGCAGAUCUUCGUAAAAAAAGAAAACAUAUGAGUAUAUGAAUUUAUUUGAGAAAAAGACUAACUGUAGUACUUAACAUUUUAAAUGACUUCUAUAUUUAAUAGGGUAAAAACCAAUUAAAAGUCAGAACACUUGAGUUUUCUGUAGUUACGCUCUUUUUUGUUGUUCUCUUUACAGGAACAAGAAUCUGGACAUGUCUUCCAACAAACUAUCUAGAAACAGAAAACUGAUAAAUUAUACUUUAUUUUUGCAAUAUUAUCAAAAUACUGUGUUGGUGAAAAUAAAUAGAAAAAAUGAAAAUACUUUAUUUCCAUGUUUGUUACCAGACUCAGCAAGUAUAUCCCUAAUUCCAUACAGGAGCAAAGCAAAUUCACCACAACAAACUGCACAACACGCCAGCACUACAGACUUCAGACAGUAGACAGUGAAAUUUUCCAUAAUGAAAU